CCUGUGUAUGUUUCUUAUUAAGCGUUCCCUGCGCCCGUCUGUUUACUCUCAGGGGAAGAGGAGAGAGAAGCAGCAGAUUCCUGGAUCGUCCCCAUCCCGGCGGUUUGUGGAUGGAUCCCCCUCGGGCUCCGCAGAUCGGUGCGGGAGGAAUGUCGGGCGGUGGGGCGGGAGGUGUGGAGACGGGUGACAGCGCCAUGUGACCCAUGGAUCGGACAUUUCUCUUUGGGAUCUCCGCCGGACCACAAGGAGAAGUAACACAUUUUCCUGGCAACGUCCGGUGAGGUAAUAAAUGAACAGCCCUUAUGCCCAAUAUGAGCUGGAGCUUCUUAACCCGUCUCCUAGAAGAAAUCCACAAUCACUCCACCUUCGUGGGGAAGGUAUGGCUGACUGUCCUCAUUGUCUUCCGGAUCGUCCUGACCGCGGUGGGCGGAGAAUCCAUCUACUCAGAUGAGCAGAGUAAAUUCACGUGUAACACCAAGCAGCCGGGCUGCGAUAAUGUCUGCUAUGACUCCUUCGCUCCGCUCUCGCACGUUCGCUUUUGGGUCUUCCAGAUCAUCAUGAUCUCCGCUCCGUCUGUCAUGUAUCUGGGCUACGCCAUUCACCGCAUCGCCCGCGUGUCCGAGGAAGACAGAAAGAAACACAUCCUCCGAAAGAAGAAGAAAUCCUUCUCAAGAUGGAGGACGGGUGAGAAAGUAGAAGAUCCAGAUGAUGAAGAAGAGGAGCCCAUGAUCUACGAGGCCCCAGGUGAACCAGAGAAGGUGGAGACAAAAGAAAAGGAGAGCAAGAAGCAUGAUGGCCGAAGACGCAUUAAGGAGGAGGGCCUGAUGAAGAUCUACAUCUUCCAGCUGCUCUCCAGGGCUGUCUUUGAAGUUGCUUUCUUGGUCGGACAGUACUUCUUAUAUGGCUUCCGGGUCCUCCCCUACUUCCAGUGCAGCACUUCGCCAUGUCCGCACACAGUGGACUGUUUUGUCUCCAGACCAACAGAAAAGACCAUCUUCCUUCUCAUCAUGUAUGUUGUCAGCUGCCUCUGCCUGGUGCUCAAUAUCUGCGAGAUGUUCCACCUGGGCAUUGGCACCAUAAGAGAUGCCAUCCGCAGUAGGAGGACUAACACCGCCAGACAACCACCCUACAACUACUCCUACCCAAAGAACAUAACAUGUCCCCCAGAAUAUAAUAUGGUGGUCAAAUCUGACAAGUCCACCAAAGUCCCCAACAGCGCCAUUGCGCAUGAGCAGAACUUGGCCAAUGUGGUGCAGGAGCAUCAGAGUCCCGAUGAGAACCUGCCCUCGGACCUUAGCUCCUUACAGAAACAUCUGAGGGUGGCACAGGAGCAGCUGGACAUCGCCUUCCAAACCUACAACUCUCAGACCAAUGGGCCAACAUCUCGGACCAGCAGUCCAGCAUCCGGGGGGACAGUGGUGGAGCAGAAUCGAGUCAAUACCGCUCACGAGAAGCAAGGAGCAAGGCCAAAGGCUGGCUCAGAUAGAGAGAGCACCAGCAGCAAAGAUGGCAAGAACUCAGUAUGGAUAUAGCCGGGGAUACGGUGCUCCUCUGAUCACUGCCAAAGAUUUAAUUGUGGAUACAGCCAGGGAUACGGAGUUCUUCUGAUCACUGCCAAAGCUGCACACAACCCAAGAGAUUUUUUUCUAAUCCACGUUCUUACAUAUCUAUGUUUCUAACCAUAAAAUAGGACUGUUGAAUAAUCACAGGAGACGGGACUUACUCCCAAGGGGUGGGUCACAGAUCCCUCAGGGGCAGGGUUAUAGAUCCUCAGGGGACGAAGCCGUUCGCUUAUUCCAUGGACUCGGCUCGGUGGUGGCCAAAAAGUUUGCACAUUAUUGGGGUACAGACUGGGAAAUGUUCAAAUUAUUGUUUUUAUGUUUCUAAUUGUAACUUUGAUUUGUACAAUUUUUUUCUGGUUUUAUAUAUAAAAAAAAAAUUA